AAGUCGGAAAUUAGCUUACUAAACAUUUAUACCGUCCUCACGCGCGGCAAUGACAGACAAAUCUGGAAACAGUGCUUCAGACGUUGUCAGCAACACAAGCCUCGAAACAUGCAUUCGGAAGUAUGAAGACUUCGUUGUCCCCGGUGGCGGCCUGUACUGCAACUGGACGUGGGACCUGGUGCUGUGCUGGCCCCCCACCAGGGCGGGCACCACGGCCAAGCAGCGCUGUCCCAGCUUCAACGGGCUCGACCAGACCAAGUUCGCCGUGCGGCGGUGCUCGCUGGAAGGGCGGUGGGAGGGCCGCGACCCUUCGUCCCCUCAGGGUUGGACCAACUACACGCCCUGCUACCUGCCGGAGACCCUGCAGCUCAUGCGGCGGCUCUACGCCGGCUCUGAGGCCGCCGCCAAGGUGAAACUGGAGAUCGCGGAGCGGACGCGCACGCUGGAGAUCGUCGGCUUCAGCGUCUCUCUGGCGGCGCUCCUCCUCUCCCUAGCCAUCUUUUGUCGUUUCAGGAGCCUGCGCAACAACCGGACGCGCAUCCACCGGAACCUGUUCGUGGCGAUGGUGGUGCAGGUGGUCAUCCGGCUGACGCUGUACGCCGACCAGGCGGUGGUGCGCGGCGGAGCCGUCGCCGACCCCGGCAUCGACAACACGCCAGUGCUGUGCGAGGCGUCGUACGUGCUUCUGGAGUACGCCAGGACGUCCAUGUUCAUGUGGAUGUUCGUCGAGGGGCUCUACCUGCACAACGCUGUAACAGUUACGAUGUUCCAAGAGGGCUCGUACCUCCUUGUGUACUCGCUGCUGGGCUGGGGCGUCCCUGUGUUGAUGACCGCUGCCUGGGCUGCGACCACAGCCAUCAAGUAUGGCGGCUCCAACAGGUGCUGGUGGGGCUACAACCUCACGCCAUACUUCUGGAUACUCGAGGGACCUCGCCUUGGUGUUAUAGUGUUGAAUUUCUUGUUCCUGCUAAACAUCAUACGUGUCCUGGUGGUCAAACUGCGCCAGAGUCGCACAAGUGAGAUCCAACAACUCAGGAAGGCGGUGCGGGCGGCGGUGGUGCUGCUGCCGCUGCUGGGGAUCACCAACCUGGUCAACAUGGCGGACGCCCCCCUGGACAGGGCCGCCUGGGAGUUCGCGCUCUGGUCCUACGCCACGCACUUCCUCGUCUCCUUCCAGGGUUUCUUCAUAGCCUGCCUCUACUGCUUCCUCAACGGCGAGGUGCGGCUGGCGAUCCUGAAGAGCCUGUGGGUGUACCUGUCGCUGCGCCAGCACCAGCUGGCCACGGCGACGCCGGGCCGCCGCGUGUCCGCCUUCUCGGGCGUCUACGUGACGGCGGAGCUGCACCAGCCGCUGCCCGCCGCCUGCAGUCCUCUGGGCGCGGCUGCUGUCGGACCCGGCACCAGGAGGCAGGGCAGCUCUCGAACAUUAUUGGACCUGGUGUCGUUCAAGAAGAACUGGAUGAAGCGGCUGUUGCUGAUUCCAUAUUAA